AUGACACAGAGCCAAGAUGAGGGCCUUCUGCUCGUGGAUGAUUCUUUAAGACUUGGUUUGGGCGAGUUAGCACGAUAUCGUAUUACAAUUGAUCGAAACAGUGACGAAUUUAGAGGUCUUCUUGAUGAUUCUGAGGUCCAUUUAACGUUUAAAAACACAGAAAGUGCGCUAUUGAAACCUAUUUAUUUGACAGGACCGUACUCGUUCUACGUAGAUGUGCAGCCGCAUAACUACAAUGAAUUUGAGAAGUUCGGAGAGGAUGUGCAGUUUUGUGACGACGUGAAACCAAAUGACACUUUUAGGGCUGUUUUAAAGAUUAACGAGAAUUCUCGCAUUGAAAGCACCAGCAAGCACAGCUGGCAAAUUAAUAUCUCGUGCCAGCUCUCGGUCACGAAAAUCCCCCUUUUGGCGUUCAGACUAUGCAUUAGUACCGAAAAAUUGUUGGAGAUGCCGCAUAUGCCAGUGUCGUCUGUCAAGGGUUUUAUGUGCGAAAAAUGGGACACGCAACAACUUUGGAACUUGCCUCCACGGUUUUUGGAUCGGCCUGUGCACCUUGUAAUUCUCACGCACGGCAUUUUUUCCAACAUCGGCUGCGAUAUGGUGUAUCUCAAAGACAGAAUCGAGGACUACACACGGGACGACAGCAGCUCUCCAACGUCCAAUGUGGUGAUAAGAGGCUAUAUGGGCAACCAGGGGAGAUCCUCAAAGGGCAUCAAGGCUAAUGGGAUAAGAAUGGGCAAGUUCAUCAUCGAUGCGGUCGACGAAAUGCGGAAACAGUGUGACCUGAAGUAUAUCUCAUUUGUGGGGCAUUCUCUCGGCGGCCCUACACAGUCCAUGGCUUUGAGAUACGUAUGUGUGGAAAGAGCGGAUAUUUUUGACCCCGAGAAAGGUCUUGAGCCAAUCCAUUUCAUCACGCUCGCAAGCCCUUAUCUUGGAGUCGCUGGAGAGGUUCCGCCUUUUGUUACCAUUGCAUUCAAUAUGGGAGUUCUAGGUCAAACAGGGGCAGACUUGAACUUGAAUCGAACAUUUUUCACUUCAAAGGACGGACUGGUCAAAAAGGGUGAAAGUUUGGGCAAAUACAAGUUCAGGCCUCUGCUGGAAAUUAUACCUUCUGAUCCUGUGAUAUCUCUGAUACAGAGGUUCAAGAAUCGAACCACCUACGCCAACGUUCUUCACGAUGGCAUUGUGCCGCUGAGAACUGCAGCUCUUCUGUACCUCGACUGGAAAGGUCUGGGUGAUGUUCGUGGCAUUAGGCAAGGCGACGGAAAGGAAGACGAGGGCACGCCCGAGUACUCCAACAAGAACAACACAACAGGCGAGAUCCCUGAAGAAAAGAUGGACAAGAAAUCUGCGCUGAAAUAUGUGCUUCCACAAGCUGCUUUGAGAAGAGGGUAUAAGCGAUAUCAAAGAACUCAGACGAAAAGUCCACAGUCCGAUGGCAACAGUGACGAUCCCAAUCAUAAAGAUGAAAUAGCACCACCACCAAACGCCAAUCCACUUAUUUCUGCAGCCAAUAUCAUCAUCGCACCGUUGCCAACUCAGGAGUAUCUUCGGGACCCUGAGGAAAGAGCAGACAAAAUCAUUCACGACAAAUUGUAUUAUCCAGACGAGCUUCCUCCACCUCACUAUCGGAAGAGGGAUCUCUUCAAAAAGAUUAUUUAUCCAAAUGACCGGAUCUAUAGGGUACAGGAGCGAAUUGCAAGACAAUGGCAAGAAACCUGUACCUGGAGAAAGGUUCUGGUAAGUCUGGAGCCCGACUCUCACAACAACAUUGUUGUUCGCCGCAAAUUUGUGAAUGCCUUUGGAUGGGUUGUGGUCGACCACCUUGCUAGAAACCACUUUGGCUCUGAGAGUCACACAAAUGGCGAUACAACAAAAAAUUAA